AUGCCCCGCUACCGAAUGAAGAGAACACAAGUGAUCAUCAUCGUUGCCGUGACAACGCUGUUCAUCGCCUGCGCAUCCCUGCUCACAUUCCUCGUGUGGGCCUUUACUCGACCCACGAUACAGUUCUGCAAUACGCCCGAUUGUCUAAGGCACAUUCUCGAGCUCCAGAAGGCAAUGAACACCAGCGUUAAUCCGUGCGAGGACUUUUACAAAUUCACGUGCGGCUCCUGGAAGCCAAAUAACAAUGAAAAGUCCAUGGUGGCGCGAAUCUUCGAGCAGUCGACCACAGAUGCCAUCGAAGAGAUGGAGGAGGGUUCCAGAGAGAAGGCAGUGGUGCCCAAGGCCCCGGACUACUACAGAAGCUGCAUUCAUCGACGCGAAAUGACAGCCCGCCGAGGUCGGAGUGUUCAUCGACUUCAAGCAUCAGCUCGGUUUAUUCUGGCCGGAGAAGCCGCAAGUGGCCAUAGACGCUCUGCUGCCGUUGCUGAAUAUGACUAUAACGUGGAACAUCAACCUCCUCUUCCACCUCAGGGCGCUUCCUGCCUACAAACAAAGGCCGCAGACACUGUAUAUCAGGCGAGAAUUCAUUGCCGCGUACUUGGGGUCGAGGCACCAUCCUCCUCGAGCAUCCAAGAACUCAAGAACACAGUGGAGGACAUUAUAAACGCCGCCCUCAAGGUACCACCGGACGCCACGAGCGACACGCAGUUCACGCUCAAGGAGAUCGCGUUUCUGAUGCCUAAUCGCGCGAACGACUGGCUCAAGCACCUGAACAUUCUGCACAGACCCCAGUUCAGGUGGACACUCGACAGCCCCGUGGCACUGGAAGACGACGCAAUACUGCAGAACCUCAACGCGCUGCAGCAGAAGUACAAGAACAAGAAGGAGACGCUCCUGGAAGGCUUCGCAUUCGUAUUCGUACGGACGACCCUAUGGCUGUUCGCGGGGAAACCUGAAAUGCGCUACGGGACCGACCCCGAGGCGAACCGCAACUUCUGGAAGCGGGCUUGCCUAUCAUACACGACGGCGAACUUCGGUCUUCUCGUUGCAGUCCAGCACAUCUACUCACGCUACACUCCUAGCGUGCGCGCCGAUCUUAAACGUUUCCAUCACACAAUACAGGAGGCACUGAAGCAGCAGAUCCAAGACGCCGCAUGGAUCGAUGAAAUCGUCAAGAAUAGGGCGACGGUCAAAAUAGACGAGCUUUCACUCAACGCGAUGCCGGAUGAGAGCUUCUUUACUGACACCGAUCUGGCUCGACUGUACCGCGACUUCCCCACUAUCGGUUCGUCGUUCCUGAGCAACUACAUCGCCGUGGCCGCCGCCUACCGCCUCCUCAUCGGCCACGACAGCUUCAUCAGCGUCUACUCUAAACAGCUCGGUGGAGGCGCGCCCAGCCGAUAUAAUUACUAUUACAACAUCGCUUACAUGUCAUUGGGCGCCAUGGAGCCUCCUAUUCUCUACCUGGACGGUACCAUGGCCAUGACGUACGGCACCUUCGGCACCCUUAUCGCCGAAUGCUUGGUCCGCUCUUUCGACAAGCGAGGCGUCCUCGUCAACGACUUGGGAAGGAGAGAGCACUGGUGGGACUCGCCAGCCUACACGGAGCGUGUUAGCUGCGAUUUCUUAUCAGAGCCGAAGACUGGUGGCUCUGACAAUGGCGUCCGCAGUACACCACCACCCGGCAGCCGCGAUCCUCGAGAAGUGCGCUUCGCGGCCCUGUUCCCAUUAGCGCCAGCGCUGACGACGUCGUUCAUCGCGCACCGCAAGGCUAUCGCCACGGACGGAUACGUCCAACGGCGCCUGCACGGUCUGGACGACUUCGAUGACGACCAGAUCUUCUUCCUGAGCUACUGCUUGUCGACUUGCGCCGUCAACAGCAACGGCGAGACUUGUAAUGUGCCGCUGCGACAAAUGGAACAGUUCGCCACCGCAUUCCUAUGCGAACUCGACACUCCGAUGAACCCGCAGAAAAAGUGCACGUUUUUCGGAUAA